CACGCAAUAAGAUAAACGAAAGCAGAAAAAGAAAAAACAAAGAUUUGGGUAUACGCAUUCUUUUUGCGAUCCGGUCACCGGUAAACUCCAAAGCGAUGCUGAGAAAUGUGCUUCUACACUCCUCAAUUUCUGUCUCUCCUCCGUUACUCGACUCACAGCGACUCCCUGCUCCGUCGCCAAACCGACUUUCCGGUCUGACCGUUGCUCCUCCUCUUCGUCUUCAUUUACCGUUGACUCUCCCGCGGAGUCUCCGCCGCGUACUCGUCCCUAUACAGUGCUCCGUGAGUGGGGACUCCAUGGGAGAUCGAAAAAUGGCUGGAAGUGCCACAGAUGGGAAGGAUCCUCGUGUAGCAGGAAUCGCCUCUGCAAUUCGCGUGAUCCCAGAUUUCCCUAAACCGGGGAUUCUGUUUCAAGAUAUAACGACUUUGCUGCUUGACCCGAAGGCAUUCAAGGACACUGUUGAUUUGUUUGUUGAGAGGUACAAGGGGAAAGAUAUCUCUGUGGUUGCAGGUAUUGAAGCAAGAGGUUUUAUAUUUGGACCUCCUAUUGCAAUGGCUAUUGGGGCAAAAUUUGUCCCCAUGAGGAAACCCAAAAAGUUGCCUGGGGAGGUUAUUUCGGAAGAAUAUUCAUUGGAGUAUGGAACAGACAUAAUGGAGAUGCAUGUAGGCGCUGUUCAAGCAGGAGAGCGUGCUUUGAUAAUAGAUGAUCUUAUUGCAACUGGAGGGACAUUGUGUGCUGCAAUCAGGCUACUCGAGCGUGUUGGGGUUGAAGUUGUCGAGUGUGCCUGUGUUAUUGAAUUACCAGAGCUCAAGGGUCGUGAAAGGUUAGGAGACAAACCCCUGUUUGUUCUUGUGAGCUAGAUCCGCAUGUUUCUUGCCUACUGUAAUAAUAGUUGUUUGAGAUUUGCACAAGGCUAGAGAACUAUCAAUUUGGCUUGAUUGAAGGAAGGAGGCAUUGUUGGUAAUAAAUGGUUUGUUGCUGGUGCGGAAGUUCUGUAAAUGGUGACCAUCAAAAACGAGUGUCUGUAAUUUGGUUCCGGUUUGCGACUAGUUCUAGUGCCUGUUCUUUCUUGUGGGUAUGACAAAUUUUAACGCCUGAUUUGUAUGAUGUAAAACUUUACAGCAUAAACUUAUACCAUGACGAACACAAUGCUUUUUAGCCAUAAUGGCUUGAUCAACAUGCUUCUUGAUAUGGGUUCUACUUA